AUGGAGGGGAAUUUUACGGAAGAUCUUGCUCGUGCCGGAGCAAUGUGCAAUGAUGAGCGAACCUUACUGGAUCUGAACGACUCAUUAGUGCUGAGCUUCGUGAAUCGACUUGAGCAAUUCAACAAAGUCUAUACAGUAUUUCAUCGAUAUGCGUGUCUAGUAAUCUGUAUUGUUGGUGUUAUAUCGAAUGCUGUUCACAUUCUCGUCCUGUCACGACCACGAAUGCGACGUUGUGCGGUGAAUUGUGUACUGACCGCGGUAGCAUUCUGUGAUGUUUUCACAAUGACGUCAUAUAUUAUUUAUUUGUUUCGAUUUAGAAUUUAUCAGGGUGAGAACGGUUAUUCCUAUAAUUGGAUGAUGUUUUUGAAGAUUCAUGUGGUGGUCAGUAUAGCGUUACACGCUAUUACACUCUAUAUGGGAGCCGCAUUAGCAUUUAUACGAUGGCAAGCACUCGGAAAUAUCCAUAGUCGAUGGUUACAGCCGACGUCGGCGUGGAAAUUAUUCGCAAUUGUCACCGUUUCAAUAUCGAUGAUGUGUGUGCCAACGAUGAUGUUACAUGAAAUCUUUGAGGUUCCCGAAAGUGAAGGCCAAAUUUCCACAACACCUUCAUACACGUUGGAUUUUGCCAACUUCUCUUGUGCUUUCUACAAAUUCAAUUUGUGGAUGUUGGCGGUGGCAAUGAAGGCGAUUCCUUGCGGUUUACUACUAUGGUUCACGAUAGCACUCGUUCUUAAACUACGGAAAACUGACGAGAAACGAAACUACCUGUACUCGAAAAGUUUUCGAAAACAUAUCAAGAAAACCACCGUACCCGACAGGACUACCUACAUGCUUAUCAUUAUGCUCGUUGUAUUUCUAGUAACUGAACUACCACAAGGAUUUUUAGCGCUGUUGAAUGGUGUUUAUACUACCGAUGUCAACAAUUACAUUUAUCAACACGUCGGAGAGCUGUUCGAUUUGUUGUCACUUGUGAAUUGCAGUGUUGAUUUCGUUCUCUACUGCUUCAUGAGUUCACGAUAUCGGCAAACAUUCGGUCACAUUUUGAUUCGAGUCGAAAGCUGGCUACGUAGUCAGAAUAAUCGCUGUGGAUAUACAAAGGACAUCGCCAAGAUUCCACCACCAAGCAUUGUCUAG